AUGGGGGAAUGGACUAUACUAGAGAGGCUCCUGGAGGCUGCUGUCCAGCAGCACUCUACUAUGAUAGGAAGGAUCCUACUAACAGUGGUGGUCAUCUUCCGGAUUCUUAUCGUAGCAAUAGUUGGAGAGACUGUCUAUGAUGACGAGCAGACCAUGUUUGUUUGUAACACCUUACAACCGGGCUGCAACCAGGCAUGCUACGACAAGGCAUUUCCCAUUUCACACAUUAGAUAUUGGGUUUUUCAAAUCAUCAUGGUGUGCACCCCGAGUCUUUGCUUUAUCACAUACUCGGUUCAUCAGUCGGCCAAGCAGAAGGAGCGGCGCUACUCAACAGUCUAUCUGACACUAGAUAAGGAUCAAGAUUCACUGAAGCGAGACGAGAGCAAAAAGAUAAAGAACACCAUUGUUAAUGGAGUACUUCAGAACACAGAGAACUCCACCAAAGAAGCUGAACCGGACUGUUUAGAAGUCAAAGAGAUCCCUAAUUCGGCCAUGAGAACUACAAAGUCCAAAAUGAGGCGACAAGAGGGCAUCUCCAGAUUUUACAUCAUCCAGGUGGUUUUCAGAAACGCACUGGAAAUUGGCUUUUUGGUGGGUCAGUAUUUCUUGUAUGGAUUCAACGUCCCGUCGGUGUACGAAUGUGAUCGCUACCCCUGCAUAAAAGAUGUCGAGUGCUACGUCUCCAGACCCACGGAGAAGACAGUGUUCCUAGUGUUCAUGUUCGCGGUCAGUGGGUUUUGUGUGGUGUUGAACCUGGCAGAACUCAAUCACUUGGGAUGGAGGAAAAUCAAAACGGCCGUGCGAGGUGUGCAGGCUCGGCGGAAGUCCAUCUAUGAAAUCAGAAAUAAGGACUUACCAAGGAUGAGUGUGCCAAAUUUUGGCCGCACUCAAUCCAGUGACUCUGCUUAUGUGUAA